UUCAAAUUAUAGCGCACUCGAGCUGGUUUCUCCAAAAUUACCUACCCCACCUUUAAGUAUUGUGUUGCAGGAGAAACUGCAACUCAGAUUUGAUUUUUUUGUAUUUUAAGGACUCAGUUGGACAAUCUCAAUCUGGCAUUCAGACUUAAAAGCAUUCAGUCCUGAAAAAGCACGGGCCCCAGUGUUAAUUGCCCCUUACUUAUAUUCUUGAGUUUAAACCAUGUAAACUCAGCUGAACGCUCUCCAAGCUUUGGUACGACUUAGUCAGCAUCUCCUGUGCAUGAGUUUUGACAAUACUAACAAUUCACCAACAUGUAACUCCAUUCACUAAACCUUUUUAGUUCAUCUGCAUGGAUUUCUUCUCAAUUUCCUGCAUGCUUCCUGUGUUUCUCUGGGUCUGAUUUCUAGACUCUGUCUCAAACGUACAGCUCUUUGACUGUUGCAUUUGGACGACUGAAUCUAAAAGAUCAAUCCCUUUGUGUCUCCAAACCUUCCUGCGUCUAUCUUACUAACCCAAAGCCUGUACCUGUUAUUCUCUUUUUUUCCGCUGCCACGGAUCAAAGAUGUCUAAGAAGAUUCCCUUGUGCUCUGCACUUGAUCAGUCAGAGAUAGAUAAGAAAGCCAGCCACUGUCAGGUGGACCGGUCCGCACCUGCAGCCUCGCCGUGUAUGAACAAGGCUGAAUCAGGUCAAAGAAACGGAGAUAGGGCAUCAUCGUCCCCAGAGAGCGGCAGCCUAAACGGAGAUGGAAAGCGCAGUGGGAAAAGCCGUCGGCGCAAGAAGCGUUCAUCCAAUCCUGAGAGUCAGCCUGAGGGGACGGUUGACAGUAAGACCAAAAAAGAAGAGAAGCCAGACAAACGGACAAGCCAGCCAGCAUCUGACCCCCGCGCUGGGCUGAUGGGCCUGCAGUCGGAGUGUGCUAAUGUGUGGUUUGAACGGAGCAUGUACGAGCAAGCCGAGAGCCUCUACCAGUGCUGGUUGGCGAGCUCUUCCAACGGGGCCACCAAGUUAAAGCGUUCCUCCCCAGCCCCCGGCAAACACUCAAACUCUCAGUCGUCUGUGGAUCCAUCUUCCUUAGGACCGGUGUGCCAGCAUGGCAACCAGGCAGAAAGCCAAUAUGCUGAAGAAUCAGUGCAGCGACCAAUUCCAAACUCUCUGGUCCUCACAUCCCCACCUAACCCCUCCAUCACCCCUCAAACACCGGAUGAAGGAUAUCAGUCUCUAGCCCCGACACCUGCAACCCCGGUCAUCCAGCAAGCAGCCGUCACCCCAACCAAUCGUCAGUCGAUCAACGGACUGCCCCGCAUUCCAGUGGAGCUGCUCAGAGACGUGUGGCUGGAGAAACCUCUGUACGACCGCGCAGAAGCAACUUUCUACCAGAACCUGUAUGGCAACAACUCCUCCAAACGCUCCACCUGCGCCUCCACUUCCAGAAGUAGCGACCACCCUCAAAGCCUUGUAGAAGAGGAGGAGGAAGAAGCUGAGGAAGAGGCAGUGGAGGAAAAACGUGUGGUCCCGCAGGGGAAAGCGGAAAUCUUCCACGCUUUGCUGCCUAUUCAGGAGGAAGAGGAGCCAGCUGAGGUCCAAGAGAAGAUUGAAGCAUCAGAGACCGGGGUCUGCUGCUUCCUUCACCCAGACACCGAGCGGGUGUGGUUGGACAAGUGGCGGUAUGAUGCUGCAGAGAGCCGUUUCCAUGGCUACACUGGGAGUGAUGCUGUGGUGGUGAAGAAGGGUCGGCGGACAGAAGCAGCAUCAGCGGCCUCCACCGCCCCACUGAGGGACAACACCAUGAGUUCCGUGGACUUUCUGGCCCAGGAGAAGAUCUGGUUUGACAAACCUCGCUAUGACGAUGCAGAGAGACGCUUCUACGAGCGCACAGACGGCUCCUCACAAACCGCAGAGGAUGUCGGAUCCAACACCAUUCUGCAGGACAUCGCUAGGGCCCGGGAGAACAUCCAGAAAUCUCUAGCAGGACUGAAGACCACACUGUGUAACAGAGGGCCCUCCCUGAGCCAACAGUCCCAGCUUAGCGUCAGCGGUGCAGGUGAUACAGGAGAGAUCAUCUGUCGCAUCAAGGGCCUGGAGCUGGAGAACCAUAGCUUACACCAAGUGGUGGACGAUUUGAGGGCUGCACUUUCCAAACUGGAGUGUCGGGUAGCAGUUCUUGAGAAGUCUCCUGCAGCAGGGACCCCUGCCGCUGCUCCCUCAGUACCAUACACAAACGGCACCACCGUCCAGCAGCAGAAAAGCGCCCCAGUUAAAGUCGAGGAGGAUGAUGAUGACGACAUGGACCUGUUUGGUAGUGAUGAGGACGAUGAAGAGGCAGAGAAACUCAAAGAGGAGAGGUUGAAAGCAUACACAGCGAAGAAAUCCCAGAAGCCCGUCCUCAUCGCCAAGUCUUCCAUCUUAUUGGACGUCAAACCUUGGGACGAUGAAACUGACAUGGUGAAGCUGGAGGAGUGUGUGCGCUCGGUGCAGGCUGAAGGCCUGUUAUGGGGCUCGUCCAAACUGGUUGCCGUGGGUUACGGUAUCAAAAAGCUCCAGAUUGCAUGUGUGGUUGAGGACGACAAGGUGGGAACAGACCUGCUGGAGGAAGAAAUCACCAAGUUCGAAGACUAUAUCCAGAGUGUCGACGUAGCAGCUUUCAACAAGAUCUGAUUCCAGUAUGUCCCUUUCUGUCUUUCGUCACGCCUUGUUUCUCUGAUGAUGUGUCAACGGUUAAUAAUAAUAAAAACAAACUCUUGCACUUAAA